UACAAGCUGUGGACACGAUGAGGAAGAUACAACAGACUCCAUAAACAGGCCGUCGCUUAAUUGGCCAAUUGCAUGCGCAUCACAUGAUCUGUGGUAGGCAGCAGCUUUCCAAAGAGCUCACGAGCAGCGUCAGACUGUAAGGCCCUCAGCCACCAAUGUCAUUGGUGCAUCGCAGAACGGCAUUCCGUUCACGGUAUGUAGGAUCACGUUGCAUUCCGACAUGUCAGCAAGAAGCCGGGAAUUUAACGUUGCUUGAAGUUAUAUGAACUGUGAACGUGAAGCUCUUAGCUCUUGUAUUCUCAUCACUGUAUACCAAGUCUUAAAACCAAACUCGUGCUGACGAAAGACACUACAUCAUAUCUUGACACAAUGUUCAGCCUCUUCGGAGAUCGCGCUCCUUCGUCGCCUCCGAACCCUGCGAAGCUUCAACUCCGACCCAACGAAUGCCAAGUGCUCAGCCUACCUGACGGACGCACUCUUGGCUUUGCAACCUAUGGCUCUACGGACCCCUCCCACCCAAUCAUCUUCCUCUUCCAUGGUCUUCCAGGCUGCCGACUGGUCGGAAGAAGUUGGGACAAGCUCUGCAGAGACAUCGGCGCACGUCUCAUUACUAUCGAUCGACCAGGCUGUGGAGAUUCGACUCUCGCUGACCGUCGCCUCAUUGACUGGCCAAGCGAUGUCGUGAGCCUCGCCGACUACCUCAACAUUGAUCGAUUCAGUGUGUUAGGUGCUAGCGGAGGCGGACCAUAUGCUUUGGCUUGCGCACGCUUCAUCCCCAAAGAGAGACUCCGAGCGACAACUGUCGUAUGCGGCAUUGGACCUAUCGAGGCGCUCGUAGACUUUGCACCAUAUCUCCCAUGGCACGCCAGAGACAUAACGCUAUGGCUGCUACGCCAGGGAGCCCUCCACGUCUUUCUGCCACACGUCCUCAUUCGCCCCUAUCUUACUAGGGACCCUUCUCGUCUUAAGCGCGUCCUCGAAGACCAGGCUAAGACUGAAGAAGAGAAAGAGCAGUUUCGUGACGAAAAAGGAGAAACUAAUCUCGAUGAUGUUGUUGCAUCACUACUUGAGGCCUUCAAGCAAGGCUCUGGUGGGUGCAUGCACGACGGCGCUGUACUUACGGAAGAUUGGGGCUUUGACUUGAAGGACGUGGACAACGAGCGAGUGUGGCUAAUACAUGGCGAUCAAGAUGCGCAGGCGCCAUUGAAAGGUGCGCAGUGGAUUGAUGAGCGGUUGGGGGGCGGGAAACUCAAGAUCCUGAAAGGCAAGACGCAUUUCACAAUUUGGAAGGAACACUCGGAAGAGAUAUUUCGGCAAAGCGCUGAGGCGUAAUCGAGUCGCAACGAGAGAUCGGGGUACGGAUUGUGCUGUAGAGGGUUGUUUUCCAAGGCUUGGUAGUGCAGGGCGUAAUGCGCAGGCAGUCUGCGUUGCUGUUCCACCGCAUGUCCGAUUCUGUCACUCGGAUUUGCGGACCUGAGGUCGGCUCUAGACUUCAGCACCAAGAAUGUCUCCAGUUUCCAACAUAGUCAUGUAGGUCUUCCACUGGGUGUGAAGGUGAUAUAGCAGUAUACACACAUAUAUAUAUACUGUAUGUUUGCUGCUUUCCAGCAACCAUAAAGUGCGACAGCUUCCCUAGCAUACCAUCUGAGAAUCUUCACAAUCACAAUGCAUUUUUCCAUA